AUGGAUGAUGAUUCAGAUAACAGUGUACUUUCAGAAUUUAAUAAACCUCCAUCAACAAUUCAUCAUCAAACUCCCAAAAAUCCAAUUGAUGAAUUUCAUAGAUUUCAAAACCAAAAAGUUGAAGAUUCUCCAAAUGCUAGAUUAGCUGAAUUUUUCGCUAAAAAGGGAAAUGAACCAUUAUCAGAAAUUGAGUUAGAAGGUGUUAAAUCUUUAUUAGCUAAAUCAAAUUCACCAAAGCAAAUUUUAUUUAAACAAAGUCAAAUUAUUGAUACAAAAGAAGAAGAAGAAGAUGAAGCUAAUAAUACAAAUGAACAAAUAUUGAAAAAUAGUAAAUCUGAAUCUUCAGUUAAAUCAACUCCAUCUUUCAAGGCAACUUAUAAUAAAUCUAUAAGUGAAGAUAACACAUUUGAUAAUUCAAUAAAUUCUAUAACAAGUCAAAGAAAGAAAAGAAUUUUUGAUUUUUCUGGGUUCCCAUCACCUUAUAGAACUACAAGAUUCAAAGAUACUUCAUUUUUAUUAGAUGAUGAUGAUAAUGAACAUCAAAAUAAAAAACAUACAUUAUCAUCAGAAUCAACAAUUGAACCAAAAAAUUCAUUAAAUGAUGAUUCUGGGGAUAAGAAAGAGAAGAAAAUAAGUAAUACAGCAUCUGCACUUUUGUCAUUUAUUGAAGGUAAAGAUGAUGAAAUUACUAAGAAUUAUGAAGAACAACAAAACCAACCUAAAAAGGAUAAAAAGAUUGAUUAUUCAAAUCCAUAUGCAUCAAUUUCUUCAUCACAUAAAAGAAGAACAAACUCAUCAGCUAAUAAACCAUCAAAAUUUGAACAAGAAUUCGAAAAAUAUAAAGAAUCUAUUGAAACUAAAAAGGAUAAGAUUACUCAACCACAAUUAAAAUAUAAACCAAGUAAAUCUUCAUCUCUUAGAGAAACUAUCUCAUUGAAUGAUACAACUGAUCAAUCAAUUGAUGAUAUUGAAGUGGAAACUAAGGUUGAAACAAAUGUGGAAACAAAAGAUGAUGAAAAAAUUGAUAAAGAGACCAUUUCAAAUGAUGAUAAAUCACAAGAAAAAUUCACAAAAGAAGAUUCAGCACCAAAAUUCAAUAGUAAACCAUUAUUUUCAUUUGCUUCUAAGCCAAAUAUACCAACUUUUGGUUCAGCAACAUCAGAAACUAAACCAGAACAAUCAAAACCAUUUGAAUUUAAACCAAUGACAAAUACCACCACAAUAGACAACACAAUAGACAACACAAAUAACACAAAUAACACAAACAGUAUCACAACAAACACAACAAAUUCUCAAUUAACACCAUUUUCAUUCCCAGGUAAUGUUAUUACAAAAGAUUCAAGACCCCCAAGUUCAGAAUUUACAUUCACAUUUCCAAAAGCUGAAAAAACUGGUUAUACAAUAAAUGAUGUUGAUGAAGAAUAUGUUAAUAUUUAUAAACCAUAUUUUACAUUUUGA